ACGGAGGAGAAGCAGAAGCAGAAGGAACAGCUGAAACCGAAUGAGCAGCUGAAGCAGGAGCAGCUGAAACCAAGGCUGAACCUUGAGGUUGAACCGGAUUCAUACGUUUCAACGGGGCGCUGUGCCAGUUCACUAAGGCGAACUGGUCAAAAAGUUAAAUAACAUGCAGAACAUCAUGUCGGUCCAGUUCAACUGUCUGUCGUUCCGGCCUCCGUAUGCCGGUCUAGUUCUGAACGGGGUGAAGACUGUGGAGACCCGCUGGAGGCCUCUGCUGGUCGCCAUGGAGAACCAGACACUAGCCAUCCAUAUCGCUCAGCGGGACUGGGAGGGGGACGAGUGGAGGGCAGUGCUGAGCGGGUCCCUGGGGAUGGACCGGGACCAGAUCCAGGACCUGCUGGAGUCUGGAGAGAGGUUUGGACGAGGAGUGGUAGCAGGAUUGGUGGAUGUAGGAGAAACCUGGCAGUGCCCCACCUCCCUGCAGGGGGAGGAGCUUGGACAGCUGGAGCAGUCAGCCGUUCUGAUUGGUCUGCAGGAGAAACAUCUGACCCAUUUGUUCAACCCCCGUUGGCUGAAGGCGCCACUGAGCGCGCGAGGAGGUUGUGACCUCUGGACUGUGGAAAUACCUAAUGAGCUGUUACCAUGACGACAUGCAGGCACACCCACACACAUCCAAGGCCACACUAGUAACCAUAAUGACGUUCACAUGACCACCAGAACCGUUACUAAUAUUCAACUUUUAUCAGCGUCACCUGAGAGUUUUACCGAGCCUGGCCAGCCAUUCCGGUUUUCUCAGUGUAUUCAGUGCUGAGAAAACAGUCUGGAGUUGGGCCAGUCGCUAUGAAAUAUGCACGAUCUAUUCUAUACCAAACCAAUAACAAGUCUGGGGGGGCGGGUGUUUCACAAUGCAUCAUACUACUACGCAAGUCCAAGUCAGUUCUAAGUCCGCAAAUCUCUUUACAACUUGUCGGUUGUUUACAUGAUUCAGAAAUAAGGACUGAAUUACAGAUUACGCCCUGUAUUCAGAAAAUUUCUCUGACAAAGCGUCACGUACGUCUUCUCUGUGAUUGGUUUACUCAGCACCUGUUAGUCCCGCCAUCAUAUUUGGAUUCAAGCCCUACAAUUCCAGACGGAUUUCUCAUUGAGAAAGAGGGAUGGCUAGCCAGGCUACCAUCACUGUGACAUCAUCACAAGCUGCUGAUGGAUGUCGUUCAAAAAAUAUUGUAAUCUGUGGGGAAAAGAAAACAUCCAUUCAAGUUCACUAUAACGGAACUGACACUAAAAACAAACUGAAAGACUCAAACUAAAACCAACACUUAAUGUUUAACAAAAAGAGUUUAGUGUGAACUCUUUAAAGAUGUGGACAUAAACAGUGAGUUUUAGUGGAUUUGAACAGAAUGGUCUUAUUGGUUUAGUGGUCAGUUGGAUGGAACUCCUGUCAAUUUGAGGUUCAUACUUCGGAUUGUGUAAGCCACGAGGCUUUGGUCAAAACAUCUGAAAGAGGACGAGUGCAGCUGUAUCUGUGGUAAAUAGGCAAAAACUGGAUGGAAAUGGACUCAGAGUCGUCUUUGUUUUUAAUGGCAUCCCUCCAAUACCAGAGAUGAUGAACUUCUCCAGGGGAAAUUUAGUUUGUUAGUCAGCUCAAUAAAAUAAAUGAUAGAAUGAAUCACCAGACUGAGGUGUUUUGGAGUCUGAUGGACAUGGAUUUUCUACACCUCUCAGUACUUCAUCUUGAUUAGGUUGAACAUCCACUGCACCUGCUCUUUUGGUUCAUCACAAUCCAACGUAGAGGAUGGUCUGGAUUUUCCCAGAUGUCUCCAGUGUUUCCAGCUUCUCUACAAAAACAGAACCAUUUUUUUUCUCAUUUGUCCAUUUUGUCUGUGGUUUCCUCUCCAGUACACAACAGCAUAGACGAAAGUACUGGAUACUACCUUACUUGCAAUAAAUAUUGUACACAGUGAGUUUUGAUAAAGAAGCUUCAAGUCCCAGGAUCCUGUUAAAACUGGGCGUAUUUGUGGGAAGGAUGGCAUCCACGUUUUUGAUGUCACACAGGAUUUUAUCUGACCUGUCCAUUUCUGGGACUUUGUUUUUAUGCAUUUUAAUAAAAAGACCUCUUUCCUUAUUUGUUUUUU